AUGGCCCAUCUCCAAGCAUCAAAUCUAUUCUCAGUCAAAGACCGAGUGGUCGUGAUCACUGGAGGCGGAAGUGGUCUCGGACGUAUCAUGACCAAAGCCCUGGAUGCCAAUGAAGUCUCCAAGAUCUUCAUCCUAGGCCGACGCGAGGACGCCCUCCAAGAAACCGUAUCACAAACCAUAAACGGCACCGUCAUCCCGAUCAAAUGCGACAUCACCUCAAAGGAAUCUCUCGAGGCAGCCUACCAAGCCGUCGCAGCCCAAACAACACACGUCGACCUCCUAAUUGCCAACAGCGGCAUAAUGGACGGCUCCCUCCCGCCUCUAUCACAAGUCCGCGACGAACUCUUUAAUAUCCCCAUGGAGGAGUUUAACACCGUAUUGAAUGUGAAUGUUACCGGGUCGUAUUACACGGUGUUGGCCUUUUUGCCUCUGCUUGAGGCGGCGAAUAAGAGACGUCCUGCGCCACAGGAGGAUGUUCUUGCUGCUCCGACUGCACAGGUUAUUAUCACUAGCUCAAUUGCAGGGUUUAUUCGCAAAGUACCCUUUAGCUUUGCGUAUAAUACCUCCAAGGCUGCUACGACGCAUCUGAUUAAGUUGCUUUCGACUUCGUUUGCUCAUUACGGUAUUCGGGUCAAUGGCCUCUCGCCUGGUCUUUACUACUCGGAUAUGGCAAACCAUAUCUUCCAGGCUUCGGGUAUUCAGGGUCGGGCUAUUUCUGAUGGCUCGUUCCCCAAGGAGAUGGUUCCUGCUACUCGUGGUGGUAGUGAGGAGGAUAUUGCGGGUUUGAUUGUUUGGCUGGCUAGUAACUCGGGUGGUUAUAUCAAUGGUAAUAUCUUGGUUACUGAUGGUGGCCGAAUUUCUGUUUCGCCUGCUGUCUACUGA